GAAAAAUUAGCUAUUUGAUAUCGGAUUUAAAAUGCCAUACAUUUAUAAUACGUUGUUCUUAACAAUUACUAUUCAAGUUGUCUAUGCAGAAAAAGGACCAUGUCAAGGGUUUUUCAAUGGAUGUUGUCCAAAUACACAAUGGAGUCCAGAAUUUGGAACAUGCAUUAAUUGUUCAAUGGGAUAUUAUUGGAUAAACUGCAGUAGGACGUGCACGUAUCCCUAUUUUGGAAAUAGGUGCCUGUACAAAUGUCAUUGUGCUGAACAAUCAUGUAAUUUUAUCAAAGGAUGCUCAAUUGAAAAGGAGUUCCUCAGUUUCCGCAGGCUUCGCCCCUGGAUCGCGACCUUGGAAUUCCACAAGGGCUUUGUCUUGGACCCAUUUGGGGCUUUUAUGCAGCCCCCAGACUUCCAAGUCUUCUUCCCCCAACCAACCAACCAACAUUUUGAAAUUCCUGGAGCCGCUGAAUAA